GGAGCCAAGGACUACAAAGAUGCGCUGGCCAAAUCAAUUUUAUUCUAUGACGCCCAGAGAUCGGGCAAGCUUCCCGCAAAUAACCCGAUUCCAUGGCGAGGAGAUUCAGCACUGAAGGACUGUGUGGUUGGGGGCUGGUAUGACGCCGGCGAUCACGUUAAAUUCGGACUCCCACUGUCCUCUGCUGCGACCGUCCUGAGCUGGUCACUGGUCAAGUAUAAAGAUGCUUACGUGGCGUCCGGUCAGCUGGACAAUAUGUUCGACAUGAUCAAGUGGGCCUACGACUAUUUUCUUGCUGCCUGGAACGCACAGAAGCAAGAGCUUGUUGUUCAGGUUGGCGAUGGUGAUUUGGACCAUAAAUUCUGGGGCCGACCUGAAGAUAUGACAAUGAACAGGCCCUGCUAUACGGUCAACAAAACGAAACCUGGCAGUGAUGUCGCUAGUGGUACGGCAGCGGCUCUAGCAGCCGGCUCCAUAGCUUACAAAGAUAAUGGUGAUGCGUCUUAUGCUGCUAAACUGCUGGAUGCCGCCAAAAGUCUCUACAGUUUUGCUAAAUCCAACAGAGGCGUGUUUGAGGGCCAGGCCUACUAUACAGACACUGCGGACAACGAUGAGAUGUGCGAGGGAGCCAUGUGGUUGUACAAAGCCACCAACGACAACCAGUAUCUGGAAGACGCCAAGUCUUACUCGGACCUGGAGGUUGCCUGGGGUUACGGCUGGGAGAACAAGAUGGUGGGAUGUCAAGCCCUGAUAUACGAAGCAACGAAAAACGAAUCUUACAGAGAUGUCCUUGAAAGACACUUUACCGAAGUCUGGUUCCCCGGAGGAGAUGUGGAUUACAGCCCUUGCGGGUUCGCUUGGCGCACCAAAUGGGGUUCUGCCAGACACACGGCAAACACGGCUUUCAUAGCUUUGAUCGUCGCCGACCUGGGGAUUAUUCCUGACCAGACCAGAAAGUGGGCCGUGGAACAGAUCAAUUACCUUCUUGGAGACAACAGCCACGACGGGGGAUGCUUCAGCUAUGAGAUAGGUUAUGGAUCAAAGUAUCCUCUUCGACCACAUCACAGGGCUGCCUCCUGCCCCACCCCACCUGCGUCUUGCGAGGGGGCUUUAGAUAGUCCAGCCCCCAGCCCCCACGUCUUAAAUGGUGCUCUGGUUGGAGGUCCUGAAGCCGACGAUAGCUACACAGAUAUCAGAACCGAUUACGUUCUCAACGAGGUGGCGCUGGAUUACAACUCGGGAUUCCAAGGGGCGCUGUCUGGGAUAAUUCACCUGCAGUUAACGAACAAGUUACCAGCGACUGACAACAAAUGUCCGUGUAAAGAAUAG